AUGCACUCAGAGGGAACUUCUAUGAAAUCUCUCGGGGUUCAACAAUGUGUUUUAACAAAACUUAAGGAAUUCACUCAGGACGAAUACGAAAAUUAUAUAAACAAGAAGGAUUUGCAAAGUUUUUGGGAGGGAAUUGACGAGUUACCAAUUGAAAAGGCAAUGGAGCUCAGACGUCUUCAAUUAGAAAUUCCAACAUCAUCAAAGGAUUUUGCUGGUGGAUUUUUAUCCCCAUCAUUGCAGAAUUUCUUUUUAUUAAAACAUAAAAUUCCAGAAAAAUCAACAUCUCAAGUUUCUAAACCAAAGAAAGUCCUCAAUAUCGACGAGCUUAUAGACUUCCUCAAAGGAUCCCAACAAUGGAAACAAUCUGGCGAAAAUUGGCUUUGCGGAAAUGCCGAAUUUUCCACAGAGUCUCUUUUCAGCAUUUGCACCAAAUUCAUAAAUGAUGGCAAUCCGUGGGAAGAUUGUCCAUCUCUUUCGCAAACUUAUAACGAAGCUUGCGAAUUCCUCAAAUCUCGACCAGAAACAGAAGAUUUUACUCAAGUUCAUAGAAAAAUGCAUGAAUUACGUUAUUAUACUCAUACUGAUCUUAAAACAGAUAUCGAAAAAAUUACAGGCAAGAAUUCAGAUCUAAAGCUCUCAACUCUCAAAGAACCACGCACAUUAACAGAUACUCUUCGUAAAAUGAUGAAUACCGUUGGCUCAUCUGAUGACGGAAGCCAAGAAGAAACAAAUGAAAGACAAAUUCACAUUCCUGACUGGUACAUUCCAAGAUUAACUCCUCUUGAGUCAGCAGAUUGCCCAAUAUCAGAGCAGAAGCCAUUCAAGAUCACUCAAUCGAUAGUUAGCGCUAGAGCUGGAAUAUCUGAUUCCCAAUUCGAGCAAGGAAGCCUUUCAGAGCUUCUGUUUACUACUGAUGAAGGAACAAUAGCUCCACUUCCAUUUACAAGCACUCACGCUGAGAUUCCACCGAGAAAAACAAAUACAUUUAUUAGAGAUUCGACUAGAAAGUACGUUGCUCAAAUUCUUAUGGACAUGAAGUACGAGAAAGCAUCAGAAGCUGGCGUAGAAAUACUUACAGACAUUAUUCUCGAACAAUUACGUCAUAUCGCACAACACGCGGCUGCAAAGACAAGAUCAGGAAAAUCAAGCGGAAAAUUUGCAACUGCUGCUGUAUCUCAAUCUCUUAGACAAAUGGGCCAAGGUUUGAAUGCACCUGGCCAACACUAA